GAGCGGCUGGACAAGCUCGAGAUGCAGCUGGUGCGGUGGUUCGACUACAACUACAAGGCCGACCCCAAGAAGUACCGGAAGAUGUGCAAGAAGAUCACGAAGCUAAAGGCGACCACCCUGAAGGACCGGGGACUUCGCCCGUUGGCUGGAGGAGCACGAGAUCGCACUCAUCGCGCGCCUUCACGUGCCCAAGCCCAAGUGAGCGGCCCGCACGAGCCGGCGGCGCGAGGGGGCGAGGCCCGCAGGGGCCGAAGCUCGCAGGCGCGGCGGGGGUCGCCCCCUCCGACCCACCCCUCCCAGCAAUUCGCUUCGGCGGCUUUGGCGUGCCCGCAGGCCUCCUAG